UCUUGCAGAGUCCCUGUGCGGCAGAGUCCGGGUCUAGUAGAGACCGUGUUUGGAAGGACAGAGACUCGCUGAUGUGUUCAGGUUUUCCAACUAAAAUGUUCCAUACACUUCCUUUCUUCGUGGUACAUGCAUCAACCUGUGAUCUGAUCACCCUAACAAUGGGAAGGGUACAGAUUAUGAAGCAUCUCACGAUGUAAUCUUUUCCAUCUUCUGUUAGUUCCCCUAUUUCGGGUAAACAUGUUCUCCUCAAUCAGCCUUAAUCCACAUUCUUCCAUGUACUGCAACCACUACUGCCACAAUAUUUUUUACAAAGGUGAGAGAAGAUAACUUCUGCUUUAACGACUGUGGCCGUAACAAGUCUGUAUGAUAAAAGCAUGACGUAGCCCGAAUAAAGGCUGAUAAUUGUAAAGAUAACACGAUCCACCGACUCGCAUUUCUCUUCUCUGCCGUAUUCUGUGAUAAGUGAAAUAUCCGACACUGCUCGCUGGAAUUCGUAAUUUUCAAUUUAAAUAUGGCUUUCAGAAAAAGCUGUUUCCUGUGGACAAUAAUCAAGUGCGACCGCCGCUGACCAUCCGUCGAUCCAUCAGUCAGUCUGGAGUCCGGAAAAUGGACCAUGUGUAAUUCAAACAAGGUCUCUCUUCCCGACUAAGUACAGCAUCCAUCAGGUAACGGAGUAUGCUGUUCAACAUGGCUCUCGUUCUGGACAGUCUUUCAGUCAUCAUCCUAUGGAUAACAAUGGUCAGUGCUUCUGGAACGUGUCCAUGGCACUGCUCCUGUGUCCUAGAGGAACCACCGAUAACAGUCAACUGUUCCGACCUGAGCCUCAAUAAUUUCCCCGCAGACAUCGACACGAGAGUGCAAUGGUUGGACCUGACGGACAACGCUAUACAAAUUAUUCCAAACCUCGAUAAGUAUACUGCACUGGAAGGUCUGGAACUUGCCCGGAACAAGAUAUCACGGAUUUCCACGACGGCGUUUAAAAAACUUACCCGCCUCAAAUAUCUCGACUUAUCGCACAAUUCAUUCACAGACUGGGCACAUAUUAACCCAAAAAUUCUUCUUCAGACGUUGUUAAGGCUUAAAACUUUAAAAUUCUCACACAACAACCUCGCGAUUUUCACUGGGAAGGAGAGUCAAAUGAGAGUGACAAGUUCGUCCCUGGAAGACCUCCAGCUCAGUUCUUGUGGCAUCAGACAAUUCGAUGGGAAGGCCCUGAUGGGGUUCAAAAGACUGCAGAAUCUUGACCUGUCAUUUAAUCGUAUCAAGUGGAUGGACGAUCUUUCAUCUCCGACGUUAACAACUCUAGACGUGAGCUACUGUGACAUAGAUUCCAUGAAUCCAAAUGCAUUACGUAACCUCCCAUUUCUCACCACUUUAAAACUGUCUGGUAACACUCAAUUUGCAGUAAAUCAUGGUAACUUAACGUCAGAGUCUUUGCAAGUUUUUGAAGCCGCAUACUGUAGUCUUACAAUGCCUGGACUUCACGGGUUCCCAAAUUUGACAUACGCAAAUUUGAGGGGCAACAAAAUUGUAACCCUAAAAGAAAGAACAUUCCUCAAAAACAAGUUUCUAGUUGAACUCGAUUUGUCAGCAAAUGAAAUAAGGGACAUACAUCCACAGGCAUUCAUAGCAGCAAGGGAACUAGCAUUUGUCAACUUGUCAACAAAUUCACUACAGGGAACCCUUCCUUGGAACGCUUUCUCGACAAAUUACAACCUGAAGACACUAGACUUAUCUGUGAAUCGUCUCCAAAGUGUUGGAAAUUUAAGUAUCUUAAUGCUUGAGAAUUUAGACCUAAGUCAGUGCCAGAUUAGAGAGAUAAGCAAGGACUCUUUAACAGGGUUACCUUGGUUGGCACAUUUAAAUCUUUCUCACAAUCCAUUAGAAAAUAUUCCAGACAACAUCCAAUCAUGGAACUUGAGAGAUCUAGACCUAAGUUACUGCAGAUUGUCACUGCUCACUAACGAAACUUUCAAGAGAUUUCCUGAAAUUGGAAGUAUUAAUUUAAUAGGAAACAGAUUCAUAAAUCCAUUCAAAAUUAACAUGUUUGAUUAUAAUGACCGUCUCGAUUCAUUAAAACUUGCAGAUAAUCCCUGGAUUUGCGAUUGUUAUUCAGAAAGUUUCAAAAUAUUUUGGGAAUUUCUAACAAAUUACCCAGUAAAAGUUACACAGUCAGAACAAGGUGAUAUAAAAUGCAUGUCACCAGAUUCUCUAGCUGGGAAAUCUUGGAUAAAAGCAUGCCAUCAGGUAUGGUAUCCAUCUGAUGAGGCAGAAAAUUCAUUUGGAUUAACACACUAUGGCACUGCACUUUUAAUACUGAUAAUAACAGCUGCAGGGAUCUUUGCUAUUGUUGGAGGCAUUAAACAUAGUAUUAAAAAGCGAAUGAAAGAGGAACAUGAAGAAAUACAGAGCGAAAUGGGCCGUACUUACGAAACUCAUUCGAGAGUCGAGUUUCAGCAGCGGGAGAAUUUUGAUUUUGGUACUCCAGGUUCACCAGAGUUGAGGCCGCCAAGAACCACUGAACGCGAGAGGUCAGAGAGCCAGGCAACGCAACCACCGACAUAUGAGGAGGCAAUGGAGAUGCUGAGUGGAUCCAGAGAAGACAUUGUGUCAAGGGCAGGAGUGGAGGAUAGUGUGGACAGUGAACAAGAUAAUGAUUCAAUGAAUAGUAACAGUGAAACUAUACACUCAGGAGAGUAUUCAGUAGGUAGUGAUGAUAGUGACGAUGAACGAGGUGCUUCCAAACCACUGAGUAAGCAUACUAAAUAAAUGUGCAAUACUCUCCAGAUUUAAUUCUUCCCUUAUUAUAAAAAUGUGCACAGUGUAACAUCAAAUGAAGUAACAAGUGACAGAAUCAAAAAUAAAAAUGAUUAAACUCUGUAACAUGUGUAAUGCAA